CGUGACGUCAUUUAUGGACGGCCCCUUACAGUAUAUGGUUUCAGCUAUUAAAGUGCAAUACAAAAUUGUUUAUUGUCAACAAUUGUAUACUGUAAUGUUAAAGCUAAUGUAACUUUAUUGAGUAUUGUUUAAUUAUUUGAAGAAAGCCGGACAUUCCCCGUUACCGGAGAGGCACGAAUAUUUGAAACUUGGCCCAGUCCAUACACCCCCCCCCCCACAACCGCCAAACAACUUGGACUCGCCCAGAUAAGUGGGUGGGUACUCUCCCCUGCUCCAUUGGCUAAUGUGAAUUAGCUGGGCGUGGUUUCGUCGCCCUGACCACGCCCCUCCUUUUACCUGUGCAGGUUGGGACAGGUGUCAGCACCACGCCUAGUUUGCGUCUCAGCUCAGCGCGAAGUUACACAAUCGUUAACUCCGGUGCCAUAGCUUAUUACAACCGAGCCGUGUGGGGCGCGGUACAGUACUUGUGCUACAUAGAUAACGUCUACUACACUGCCCUAGAACAAGUUGAUGGAAUGUUAUCCAUACAGAGGAGUGGUUGGAUAGUUUACCUGUGUUGCGUUACUUGCAGUGGGUAGGUGAGUUAGUGAGUUGGUGCCACGUGUGUGUUUCGAGUUUGGGGGGAUUGAUUGUCGACUGUUGCCUGCCACCUUUCAACUGUACUUGCUCAGCCUGGCAUAUGGCGGUGCCCAAGCGAGGCAUCGGCCGCUGUGCUUACGCCUUCGUGCUCGCCAUCAGCUUCGACGUGGCCGGCGUGGCGCUGCUCACGUGGGGCCUCUUCGGGGAUGUGAUCUACUUCGACCUGCUCAUCUACUGUGGCGCCAUCCUGGUCUUCCUGAGCCUCGUCUGGUGGAUCUUCUGGUACACGGGCAACAUCGAGGUGCCCCUCUCGGAGUUCGAGGACGAUCGAAAGCCCGGCGGCUUUGAGCGGCUCGCGCGAACCGUGUCGCGGCGGCUGUCGAACCGAUUCGGCAGCCGGAGGGGAGCGGCGGAAAGGGCUCGCGGAGCCUCGACGUUGCCGUCGUCGAUGGCCGGCCGGCAAAAUCCUCCGCAGGCUCGCACUCGUGGCACUCGUGGCACUCAGAGUGCCCGAUUGUUAAAAUACUCUGCAGUACCGGGGGCAGCGUCAGCAGUGUCGUCGCCAUCAGCAGCUGCAGCAUCACCUGCUGGAGCAGCCUCGUCCAUGGAGAUGAAGCCCAUGAUCGCGCCAAGCUCCAAGAAGAGAGGAGUCAGUUUUCAAAUUCGCCCCAUCACUCCCAGGGGCUCAGGAGCACCGAGCACCUUUGUGGACAUAUCUACGUUGUGAUGAGGUAUGGUUGAAUCCUAUGUUCAGUGGAGGUGAUGGAAGAUGGUGACGGUGGUGGUGGUGGUAACGAAGCUGAUGGUGAUGACUUUGCUUCAUAGACACUGGGGGGGGGGGGGGGGUCUGAAGUUUUGGGGAUUGCUGUGUGAAGCCUGGAUUUGCAAGGACUGCCAAGUUCCCUAUCUCUCCGAGGCUCUGAAUCUCAGUGUGCCCUACCGUGUGAAUGACAGCCGAUCCACACUGUGGUGAACUGGACCAAUGACUGUCCCAGAGACAAAUGUCUAACUUCGGGGAAAAUUAAUCAUUCUGUGCAUGCAGACAAUUGUUUAAUCCUACUAAACAUGCGGAGACAACUGUUUAUGUUUUAAUAUGACAAUCAUGACAUUUUACAGCACAUUAUUUCGCUGAAAAACAAUGCAACUACAUUUGUGAUACUAUGGGGAGCAAAGUUCUUCGUUUUAAUCUAUGACGUUAGCAAAGGCCAUCCGCUUUUGUACAAACAUUUUUAAAGAAUUCCUUUAUGAUUGGCGGCUGUGAACAGCUAAAACUGUAUCAUCCUAUAACCUUGGAAAGGUCGGUCUGCAUAUUUUGAGAUCAUAGGUUUGUCAAUAAUAGCUUGUUUCUGUCCGAAUACAUGACUGUUGAAGCCAUCUGUGUGGCGCUGAGGUCAGAGUUUUCGACCAGCAUUUAGACAUGUUUACGUUAAAAGCAAGGUCACGGUCAGCUCAGUCCAUAAUUUGAUCAAAUGAAUGUUCCACUUUGUGGGAAGCAGACUGUAGUUGUCCUAUAGACGUUCUGGCAACUGCCAUAGGAAUGUUGGAGUUUUUUGUGGGUUUUUUUAAUUGUUUUUUUUUUAUUUUACCAGGUAAGGCCCACAGGUAUAUAGCUCUUUUUCAGAAACGACCUGGCCACAAAUUAU